AUGUGGGGAGACACCCUAGCGUUCAUGGAGAGACGGCGAAUCCGGUGUCGCAUGCAAAAGGAAGCAGAGGCUCGGGCACAGAGAGAGGUCUUGAAGGUCCUUUGCGCGGCGUCUCCUCGUCCUUCCUCGUCUCCGUCCUCUCUUGCCCAGGAACGUAGGGAAGCACAGCCUCGAACGCCCGGAAAGACUUCUUCUCUCGAGCCAUGGCUGCGCCUCUCGGAGACAGCACCCGUCAGCAAGGCGAGGGAAGGAGAGAAGACGCGGAGAGAAGCAGAGCGCAGGGAGGUGCAUGAAGAGCAGAGGAAGCAACACAGAGACAAAUCGCCGCGAGUGGACUGCGUGCCCAGUCCGCGACCCGCUUGGCCCGUGGGCCAGCCGGAGAGCGUCCAUCGCGGACUCUCUGCAGCGUCGAAAGGCAGAGAGCCAGACAGACGGAGAGAGGGGAGAGGAGACAAUGGAGAGAAAGAGAGGACGAAUCGCUCCUCGUCCUCAGCUUGGCCUGACCGCUGCGUCGCUCUCCAGAGGUUGCGGGAGGAGGAAGAAGAGCGCGACACAACGCGAGCGAACAGAGUGUCAAGGCUGCUGCACGAGGACGAGGAGACAUGUUUCGCAUUUCGACUUGAGGAAACGCAAGGAUCUUGUUGCCACCCAGAGAAGUCGCAGUUAUCUUGUCGUGGUGGGGAUCUGUCCUCGCGAGAGGCUACGAAGAGAAACGCCGAACAGGACUCCUCUCCCUUAUCGUCUCUCGAGAGCCGGCGAAGAGAAGAGACAGCAGGGGGCAGACGCCUGCCCUGCAGCGACGAGAGCAGAGGACUCGUUUCUCCCUCAAGAGCCUCGCUUUCUCCUCGAAGGAGGCGAGAGAGAUGGAGCGGGAGAGAACUCGAAGCAGAAGCAGGCACCUCGAGAGGAAGCGAAGAGAGAACAGUGAAGAAUGGCGACAGAAGAACACAAACAACAGGGGGAGGAAGAGACAAACAAGAGAGAGAAGAGGCAGUGAAAGACGCAUGCGUGGAAAAGGCGACGAGAGAGCAUGAAGUUCUUGCGAUGGUCGACCCACUUUGUUGGAGCAAGCGUGCAGGAGAGGCAGUGCCCAGACGCGAAGAGAAGGAUCGGCCGAAAGGUCUCGACUUUUUCUCUCGGAACGCGGCAGAGAGACGAAAAGAAGAACGAGGAGAAAUGGGCCUUCUUCUUCCGCAGCUGGGGGCCUCGACAGGAGACAUUCUACAUUCGGCCUCUGGAGUCGAGUUGUCGAUAGCGAGUGACAGACAAGCACGAAGUCGAAAAACAGAGAGGCCUCUUUCUUCUUCAGCCAGACCCUCUGUGAGUCAAAGCGUUGCAGGCGUCCCCAUCAAAGCCGUCUGUGUCCUCUCGUCAGUCAAGUCUCCUUCCUCUUCAUCUUCAUCGUCUUCUUCUUCAUCUUCUUGUUCUUCGUCGUCCUCUUCAUCUUUCUCUUCCUGUUCUUCCUCUUUCUCUGCUUCUUGUUUCUCCUCUCUCCCCCCUUCUUCAUCGUCUUCUUCUUCAUCGGCUUCUUCUUCAUCGGCUUCUUCUUCAUCGUCUUCUUCUCUCUAUUCUUCUACUUGUUCUUCUUCUUCAUGCUGUGUAAGAAAAUCUGAGCCACCAUUGUUUCGGCAAGAGGCGUCGCAGUUUCGGGCAGCGCUCUCGUUCUCUCAGGUCACUGUGGACUCGAGGCAAGCGUCUCGCGAUUUCGAAGCCAAGCCGGGACCUCUCCCCGGUUUUUCUGCAGCGUCUUCUUAUCAGACUGCUCGUUCUUUUUCCUCUCUUCCGUCUUUCUUCUCGCUCUCUUCACCUGACAGUGCAUACGACGGUAUAGGUGUAUCUGCUUCUUGUACGUCUAACGGUCGUCAAAACGUUCCUCCCCAAUGCCCUUCUUCUUCCCCUUCUUCUUCUUCCCUCGCGUCUUCUCUGUCUUCUUCCUGUCUUGCGGUGAGGCAAAGGCCUGUGCAUGCAGAGGCGCUUCAUUCGACUGACUGUUUUCCUUUACCUCUGGGAGACGACCGCCUGCCGACGUUUCGCGCCAUGCAAAGCUCUUCCUUUCUAGACACUCCCCGUAAGCAGGCUGCGCAGCCUUCGACUGCUUCCUCGCCUCCUCUCGCCGCUUCGACGCCUUCGUCUGUGCCAGUGCGGCGGCCUCCGGCACUUGGCCUGGAUCUGCAGAGGCGGUUCCUCGAGGAACAAACGAAGGCCGCCUUCUCGGAGCUGCUCGGCCAGCCCCAAGAGACAGCAGAGACGAAGGAGACGAAGGAGACAAAGGAGACAGGGUCUCUCCAAUCGAGGGGGGAGACGCACAAAGAGAGAGAGAAGCGAGGAAGCAAAGCAGAGAGGUCUGAGACGGGAGGACCAAGAGAGGAGGACGAGGGAAGACAGAAGGAGGUGGAACACCACCCGACUGGAGACAGGAGUGAAGAGAAAACGCAGGAAACAGAAGAGAGACAAAUGCCGUAUGGACAUGUGGAGCGUGGAGAGAAAGGAAGGAUCUCUUGGGCGAACGGGCAAUGUCCGUUUGGCGCGGUUGCUCGAAGAAGCCUUUCCAGCGACUUCCUCCUCAAGGGAUUGACAGACAUCGUGCAAACUCUGAGGCGUCCCGGUAGCCGUCGCGAAAGUUCGAUUGUUUUUUCAGAAGAGCACCACGGAGAAAGAAGAGAAAAGAAGCUUCAUCUGGGGCAAACGGAAAUGGCUCAGACCGCGCUUGAGAAGAACUCACACAUCCACGGAGAAAAACAGGAUGGCUCGGCGCUCCAGAAAAGACGCCCAACUCGAGGAAACACGACCGACGACAUUCUUGUUGUCUCAGACUCGAAUCGAAUGCACCAACGGGCACCUCCUGCCGCAUCAUGGGUCUCUCUCCCGUUUCCUUCUGCUUCUUUGCCUUCUUCUUUCCCCCCGUCCUUUCCCUGUUCUUCUUCGUUUCCUUUCUCGUUUUCUUCGCUUCCAGGAGACGAGAGUGCGACGAGGACGCCUGCGUUUCCUGUCUCCUCGCGACCUCUGGCUCAUCCUCCCGAGUCGCGCGUUCCGCAUGUCAGGGCAGCGGUGGGAGCUGAGGAGAAGUUGUGUCGCACGGCUCUCUCUUCCUUCGAAACGAGGCCAGUUCCUCAAGCAGUUUCUCUCUGCUGCCAGAGAAGCGCGAAACAAGCAGCAGUCGCUGCCAGCGAAGCUUCGCCUGCGACGCCGAGAGAGGAAGGAGAGCCUCGGCAGUCGGUGCCGCUGCCGAGACGUGAGCACCAAACGCCUCACCUUUUCUCUUCCUUCGAGCGGCAUGAAACGCUUCUUGCCGCAGCUUGCGCGUCAGACCGAGAGUCCCGCGAGGCGGGUGCGCGGCGCCGCUUCCAGUCCCCAGAGGAAGUCGAAGAAACUGUUCACCCGGCGACAGACGCCGGCCGAGAAGAAGCAGGCGACACGGUCUCGAAGCGGCUUGCAGAAGCACCCGAUGAUUCGCACGCAUCUACGCAGUCAUCUUUUCACGGCAAAAAUCUGGCAAAAGGCGAGAAAGAAGAAGGCUUGAAAUGCGUGCGAGAGAGAGGCGCGCCUCGCGUCUUCCCGAGGGGAAGACCUCCGCCUUCGGAGCCGAGAGAGAGCGAAGAGACGCCCAGGAAACUGGAGGAAACAAGUGACCACAGCACGACGACAGUGGUUGGGCGAAGGAGCAGACCGCGAGGGAAAGAAACAAACGCAAAAGAAGAGAGACAGUCCGAAGAAGGCGGGGGCGAAGAAAGCGAGAGAAGAGCGGGAGACGCGUCGGCCUCUGGAGUCUCUUCUCUUAUCUCGUCGAGAGAAGUGACUCACGUUAUUUCUUGUGGAGGGUCAGGGCCGCCUUCAAGAGUGCUGCCGCCCCUACCCCAGCCGCAAGCUGUGCACCUCAUCUCGAAUGCUCUCUCCUUUCUAGGAAAGUAA